AUUGCUGCCUUUUCAUUAACAGAGAAAUUAUUGUGCCGGCAGUGUGGUCAUGAAAUUACAUCAUCUGAUCAUAUACACAAUAUUGGCAGCAAUCUUGCCCUGAGACAAAGAAAUGACACGAUAGUGGGUGACAAAAGAUGUCUUGUACAGCUGUUUAAAAAUCCAAUUGGUCACCAUUUUGAAUUAAUUACAGCAAAGUCAGCUUCUCUUCUUCUGCAUGGCAAGGCACACUUAGAGCAUUCGUGGUUUCCUGAAUAUGCAUGGAAAAUUGCAACAUGUCCACAAUGUGGAGUUCACUUGGGAUGGAGCUUUGAAAACCCAAAUCCGCCACCAACAAAACCUACUGCAGAGGAAAAUACAACCAAGAAAAAAAAGCAGCCAUAUGCUUUUGUAGGACUCAUAUUUCCUCAUCUUAUUCAGGAAAAUUAUGCUGAUUCUUUAAUCGUCACUCCGAAGGCAUAUAGAGGAUAACAAACUGACCCAAACAGAUCCACUAGUUUUAUAGAUUGAGGACUAACCCUUCCAUUUUCUAAUUAUUAAAAUAAUUCAGACAUAUUGAACUUGUAUGCUCGAGCUGGUAGCUUUAAAUAUGAAAAGCAUUUUUAAGACUAUAGACUGAAUGAGGUCUCUAAAAGUACACCUUGUAUAUUGAAAAAGAGUGGCUAUUUCAAUAGCAAAUGCUAUUGUAAAUUCAAUUUAAAUGACUUAAAGUUGUGUUAGACAAGUGAGUAAGUAUCAUACUGAUGCAAGAUGCAAGUGUUAACUAAAAGAUAACUUGCAAAAUGCUAAAUGUUGUUUUGAAUGUAUGGGCUCUCUGUGGUUGAUUAGAUCAUUCUUUAUUAUUUUGUAAGCAGAUCUUGUGCCACUGACAACACUUUGAAGGGUGCACCAUAUUUUCUAUAGACUACUGACAGUUAACUAAUUUAAUAUUUUUAAUAUUAAAUUUGAUUAAAAAUUUGAUGAAAAUAAAAUAUUUAAUACUAC